AUGCGUGCUCCAUUUAAAUGGCUGCUGGUCAGUGCAAAUCUAAUUAUAACGUGUUUUGCUGGCGGUACACUUGGCCCAGCAGUAUUCAAAUUAAAUCUUUACGAUUCAUUUGCAACAAUUAUCUUUUUCAAUUUACUUGGUUUUAUUCCGGUAGCAGUAAUGGCUUGCUUUGGUCCAGCAUCUGGUCUACGUACAAUGAUCUUUUCUCGUUACAGUUGGGGUUAUUAUGGUGCUUCGAUAGUAUCAAUUAUUAAUGUUAUUGCUGCAAUCGGUUGGACAGCUAUUAAUAGUAUUACUGGUGCUCAAACAUUACAUGUUGUAUUUAAUGAUUCAUUACCGGUAGCUGUCGGUAUUAUCAUUAUUGGUAUUGCAUCAAUGAUCGUCUCACUUAUAGGUUAUAAAUGGAUUCAUACUUAUGAACGAUAUUCAUGGAUACCGGUGUGCAUAGGAUAUUGUAUAUUGGCGGGAGUUGGUGCUAAGUAUUUUACAAAUUCUGAAAUGGUAUCUCACAAUAUAACUAUAUCAAGUGACAGUAGUCAUCGUCUGAAAGUCGUCCGUAUUCUAAAUUUUGGAGCAACAUGUUUUGGUACUGCAAUUAGUUGGUCUACAUAUUCGGCUGAUUAUAAUACAUAUUUUCCUGAAGCUACAAGUCUAAUAAAAGUCUUUCUUUAUACUUAUCUUGGUAAUAUUCUGUCGAUGAUUCCAAUACAAUUACUUGGUGCAGCUGUUUAUACUGGUACAUAUACAAACGACAAUCUAUCGUCUCUUGGUGGUUUCGGUAAAUUUCUACUAAUUUUAUUUGCAUUGUCAACUAUUGCAGGUAAUAUACCAAACAUCUAUUCUUUAUCAUUAUCUGCACAAGUAAUUGCACCAAUAUUUAAUCGUAUACCACGUUUUCUGCAUACAGUUAUUGGUACUGUAGUCUAUAUUCCAUUAGCUAUUGUUGCUGCACAUAAAUUUAAUGAUUCAUUAACAUCGAUUAUGGGUGUAUCUUCAUAUUUCUUUACGAUAUUUAUUGUUAUUGUAUUGGAAGAUCAUCUAUUAUUUCGACGUUGUUCAUUUAAAAAUUAUAAUUUUGAUAUCUUGCAUAGUUAUAAGCUAUUACCAAUUAGUUUAGCUAUAAUUCUAUCUGGAAUUUUUGGAAUUAUUGGUACUGCACUUGGAAUGUCACAAACUUGGUUUAAUGGACUAAUUGCAUAA